CACGAGAUCACUAAACUCAUUUCGAUCUUCCCCGUUUUCGUAAACUCCAUUCUCCUUUUCAUUCAGUGAAUCAUUAUUCACUGCUGUUUUAUCUUCGCCCUGCAAAUUUCAGUGUAAGUCGGCGAGAAGAAUCGAAGAAUUUUAAUGUACUUUGAAAGUUGUUCGCACGAGUGAUCGACGGAGUGUGUGCAACAGUGAUUGGAUUCCCGAAGCGAAGAACACUAACGAACAUUUGUUGGUUAACGUUACCGUGGCCUCGGUCGGCAUCCCCCAAUUUAUUAAUUUGCUCUCCGAACGUUUAACUCUCGAAAGAGGCUCCAUCGAAAAAGACAAUCCAAGAACUCGACGUUGUCAGGAUGAUGCAAGCACAGCAGCCGGUGGGCCUCCAGGCCCAACGCGUCCAGGGCUUAUAUCUGUUGGGUGACAGUUCGGGGAUUCCCCACAGUGCGGGUAGCUCGGCGAGCAAUUCGCCGGACCAUUACGAGCGUUACUCCCCCCCGACACACCUGAUGGAUCUCAGCAGCCCGACGGAGCACCGCCUGCCAAGUUUUCAUCCGCACCCUCAUCACAACGAGAAUCACAAUCUGCACAAUCACCAUCAUCAUCAUCAACUUUAUCAAGCGCCCUCGACGUACGUGAUCUACGAUCCGAUCGAGGACAAGCGCUACCUGCAGCAGCAUCCCCCGCAGCAUCAACAGCAGCAGCAGCAGCAGCAGCAGCAGCUCGAGCUUGGUCAACCAGGAAAACUGAUGUACGAUCGCGAAAUACAAAGCGUCGAUUACGACCGCCGAAUCAAUGACAAUUCGCCGGGUUUCCUCUCGGAUCACAGUCAUCAUAGCCGCGAUCACGAGCAAAGUUUGUACCUCACACCGUCCCCGCAGAUGUACUCGUCGUCGGGGGAAGAAAUGACGAACUCGAGAGUGCCGAGUUACCACCCAACGACGAAUGAGCAGAUAAUCGAAUACAAGCAAGAAAUCGACUACGAGAAAACCUCGGUUUUGCCGGAGGAUUACGAGAGUCCAAAAAGACUCGUGGACCUGGGCGCGAUGGCGGCGAACACGACGAAAAGCUUUGAGCGAGAGCUCACCGGCACGAACGACACGAGGACGUGCAUCAGCAGCAACAGCAGCGCCCGGAGCACCAGCUCCAGCUGCAGCACGACCAGCAACCCCGGAAAAAGAAAGAGAAAAUCAUCCUCGAGCUGCAACGAGAACAACGACUCCGAGGGCGAAAGCAACGCCAGCUCCUCCGGCUCGAAACUCAAAAUGAGACGGAAGAGCGGUGCUACUUACGAAGAAAUACAGAACCAGAGAGUCAUGGCUAAUGUCAGAGAACGCCAGAGAACCCAGAGCCUCAACGAGGCCUUCGCAUCCCUCCGAAAAAUCAUUCCCACGCUGCCCAGUGACAAACUCAGCAAAAUACAGACUAUCAAACUGGCCACGAGGUACAUCGAUUUCUUGUACGAAGUUCUCCACUGCAACGUCGAGAACAGCGAUGGAUCGGAAGAGAACGGAGAAAAAAGGGGCGCGGUGCUGGCUGCUCGAGAAAUCAGUUCGUCGUCGUGCAGUUACAUGGCUCACGAGAAACUGUCGUACGCUUUCAGCGUCUGGCGCAUGGAGGGUGACUGGAAUUCGAAUUUCUAAGUCGAAAGCAAGAUUUCUCCGUGCAUUUUGGCAAAAAUGAACCGAGCAGAUCGCGCGUGAAUUUCUCGAUUGGUAAGAUGUUAUCAACUUGGAAAAUGAUGGCGUGUAAGAAAGCGGCGGAAAUUUCCUGCUUUCGCUGGACCGAAAGUACCGAAAUGGCCGCCGAGAAGGAGCGCCGCAGAACUUUUCGUGCGUUUUUUUCUCCCGAGUCCGGGCUCCGAGCAGUGCCGGGAGAUGUUUUCAAGAAUUCAAGUGGGAUAAUUUCGGUGGUGCCGCGUAAGAAAGCUCGACACUCGAGACGACAAUGGACUCCGAAGAGGGCCCUUGCGCUUUCAGUCUCGGGGGAUUCCCUUCGGCCAGGAUGAACGGCUCGCACGCGAGCACAACAAUGAAUCGUAUAGACAUAAAAUGACGGGACGAUUAUUGCCGGAUUUUCCUCCUUUGCCGAGGGCUUAUCCCUGCGUUAAGCGAGAAACCGGAGGUGCCAAACGGAGCGAGAAGAAAAAGGUUCGACAUCGCGGUUUUCUCGGCUCUCUCGCUUAUUUCGGCAGAAUCGACGCGCCCCACAAAUUUAUGGAAAUCUACCUCAAAAUUAUCUGGCGUGAAAUCAAAGUCAUGUUCCCAAGCAAAGAGAGUCAAAAGUGCUCAAAUCCCCGGAAAAACUUCGCUCUUUCCGCUCGAUUAUAAAAACAUUCGAAUGGUAACCAAUCGAUGCUCUCUUAUCGAUACAUCAAGACGUCAGCCAAUCACUUUUUUUUUCGACUCAACAAAAACCGCCGGAAAAAACUCCUUUUCGUUCUCCAGCUUUUUCGACAUUUUCCACCACCGUCGCUUGAAAAACCACGUCAACGUGACAUCUCGCUUCGAGACCACACAGCGAGCUUUUCUCGACUCGUUCACUCGAGAGUUUCGUAAAGACGACAAAUUUUUUCCUCUCAUCAAGCAUCAUGAGACUCGCUUCCUUCACAUAUUUUCUGUACGAUGUAACGUCCAUUUACGCAACGAGCAUUGUAAAUGUAAAUAUAUAUCGUGUCUGCCUAUGUGAUAAACACGUCGAUGAUUCUCGCGUUUCCAUACCGUGUGAAUACUCAGUAGCCUAGUUUCGAGGAGGUAGAAAAAUGAGAGAGAGCAGAAGAGGGCAAGAGCUCGAAUGCGUGAGUUAGUUAUUUUAGAGCAGCGAAAGCAAACUUCUAGUUAGAUCGGAGCGACGUUAAAGGGAGGUUCGCGCAGCACUUUUGAUGCCCUCGCGGCUUCUUUUUCUCGAUAAAUUAACUGCGGUGAAUCUUUAUGGGAGUAGAAGAGAGAAGGAAAGGAGGAGAAAGAGAAAGAAUAAAAAAGGUUGUGAGAAGAAGUCUUCUCCGGAGUCUGUCUCGAGCGGAUGUGACCGCGCGAGUGGAGCUUUUUGAGAACGGGGCCGAGUCUCCGGGACACUGGGUCCCCCCUGGAUCGCUCGGGGUCAUUCGAGCCUCGUGCAGACUCGAAGGACGAGGGGAACGAAAAAAUCGUCGACUUCUCGAGACAUUUCGUUGACGCAGGAUCGAUCCGAGACACUCGAGGAUCAAACUGUUGGUUAAAUAUUUCUCGUAAUUAUCAGAGCCGAAUAUUCUCUCCUCUCUCUUCUCCUUCGCUCUUGCCCCGAUCCCGAACGAACUCCGAGGGAAGAUCGCUGUAAAAAACGUCGAAGAAAAAAACGUUCGCGUAGCCGAGAAGCGAGACGGCUCUUUUUAUUUCUUUGGGUGCUGCGUCCUCCGCGAGAAGCAUCAUAAAUCUCUUUGAAUUCAAUUAGAGAGAAGACUCUCUCGUUGUUACUUUUGGCGCCGCUGCGAGAGAUAGACAAAGAAAGAAACCGACGUUUGCUCAGUGGCAUCCGUCGGAGCAGUCUUUUGUAUAUUCAUGGGGACGACUUUUCGCAUCUCCGCACUAAAUGUACGAGAAAAAUGAUGAUGUUUCAGUCAGCUCUCGCCGCGGCAUUGCGAAAACAAAUUCAAUCCCCGAUCCUCUUUGCCUCCCUCUCUUUCCCUUUCGCUCAUUCUCGAAUUUCGCCCCGAAAUUUAAAACUCCCAUUUCUCGAAGGCGCCCCGAUUUUCUCAGCCCCAGAAUAACGAACAUCCCGGUUCUCGACCGGUUCACAUAUUUAUUUUCGAUUAUUCUCCACCCAUCGAUAUACACUUUACUCGAAAACCUCGUCCAUAUUGGCGGUGAUUUAUUUUACUCUACUUUUUAUAUUAAACUAUCGUCGUGAAUAAUCCUUUAAGCGUAAAAUAUUCGUGUAGAAACGUUCAAGUGCCGGUUAAGGGCCUUGCCGCAUACAGCCGAACACCAAAGAUUCAAAUGCUCCUUUGUACAUAUCCGCAUUAAAAUAAGAGAGCAAUUGUCGUGAGCUUGUUUAUUUGUUGGUCUGUACAGCCCAGUUAUACUUGGGACUCAGAGUUCGCGCAGCUGCGUGGCCGGAUUAAUGCAAUAAUUUAUUCAAUCAUAUUUAUACACGUGACAUUUGACUUUCCGCCGAUUUUCAUGCGCGACAGCUCGAUGUCACGACUCGAGAAUCUUAUUUUCUGUAAAUAAUUUAAUCUCCUGUAUAAAGAUCAAAUUUAUAUUCAACGUUUUUCAUCCUGUAAAUAUUUGAAGUUUCUCACGGGCUCUCACUCCUGUUUCUAUGUGCCGUGCACACUUUACCUCGUAAGAAACACGUACGCUCGUCGCGACACACAAAUAUUAGUUUCCCAUUCCUUGGACAGCCUCUCGUAAGCGGUAAAGCAUCGUUUUCUGUACAACCGCGCGGGUCGCUGUUUCUACGUUUAGUCGAUAUUAUAAAUAUGUUUUUAGAUAUAUUCAUACGUUGAUACAGGAUUGUACAGUAUUUUUAUAUUCUGUUUUUGGUAUAAUUAUUAAUAAAAAAAUUUUUUAAAUAAACAAAAUUA